CAUCAGCACACUUGGCGUAAACAGCCUUAAAAUAGGCUAUUAUGGCCUCACGUGCAAUCGGAGAAAAGUUAAGUGACUUUUGUGUUACAAAAUUUUUUUUUAUGGCCACAGCGUUAUAAAGUACAAACAUUUGUGGUCAUGAGUGAAAUGACCCCAUAGUGGUGGGAUAAUUUGUAAGGUUGAAAAUGUGGCUGAAAAUUUCACAAUGUGGCUAGCCUAAGAAGAUUAUUAUGGGAAGAUUUUAUUAUACACAAAUCAAUUAAAAAUAGUAAUUUUGCUAGGGUAUGGUCCUUCCAAAUCGCUGAUCCAGGGGUUAUUUGAGUCCGUCAUCAUUUAGAGAGAAUGAUAGUAUGAUUUAAAAAAAAAUUACCAAUGUUCUUGAGGCUCCAAACUUUGGAGUCAUCCAAACAAGAGGAGAGAAGGGAUCACCACCAAAAAUUUAUCAUAAUCAAAUGAAGAAGUCCCAUAGAACUCAGAGAAGGGAAGUCCCACAAGCAUUCAAUUGAAAUCACUUGUUCUCUUGUCUUUUUAGUCAGUCUCCCCUUUGUAUCUUCCAUAGUGUACCCUUGUAUUCUCUUUUAUUUUAACAAAGUUGUAGUGGUGGUACUGUUAAGCAUAUCAUCUCGUGUUUUUUAAUUUUUUUAAAUUAAUAGUGCCACACAACAUCUAAUAGCAGGGGAGAAAAACAGGAAGUGUUGGACAGCACAUUACAUUGUUGGACCACACAUUACAUUAUUGAGCUAAACACAAUUGAAGCAACUUUGUAUAAUAUAAUAUUACACUCAAAAUUGUGGCGCAUCCAUCCAUCAAAACUUCUUUUUUUUUAAUGUGGAUAAACCACAUAUAAUAAUGAAAUGGGUAAAUAAACAAGGAAUAGAGGUGAAGUAGUGCAACUCCUAGGAGGAAUGAGAGAGGAAACAUCUCUUGGAUGGCAUAAAAAAUUCACAGAUGUAGAUUUAGCAGACUCCCGAUUAGACUCUAUUGGAUCAUUCAAGGCUCCCCCUCUGCACCCCAAAAGGUCAAGGCUUUUUUAGCAGUGUUGAGAGACUCAUCUAGCUUUAUUUCUUCACUUUAGGAACUGUAGACACCCAAAGAAUAAACAUAUAAAUUGUUUUGAUCAUGGCCAUGAUUGGCAAUACAAUUUUGUGAUUGAAAAUCAGGUCAUUUCUCUCAAACUAAAUAUUCCAAAGGAUGGCACAUGAAAAAAUAUCGCAAGUGUCUCUAGACAAGGUCCAGAGGAUAGACCUCCAGGCUCCCCACAAAUCCCCAGAAAAAGUAGGAGUAGAAGGCAUCCUAAAUGUUUGUCUGAAAAGAACCAAAUGCAUGCCACAAAAGAGCACCUAAAAAAUUGAUGGCCAACUGAUUCAGCAGCUGCCUGGCAGAGCAAACAAGUAGCAGUAGGAAGCUUGUUGCAUUGUCAUGGUACAAGUUUUUCAAGUGUGAGUAUUUUAUUAUCCCAAGUAAACCAUGGGAAAAUAUUUAUUUUUUUGGAGAUAGGAACCCUUCCAAAUGAGUGAGGUAAUCGAGCAAUGAUAGCCACUGUCAUUUAAGAACUAGGGGUGUGGUUCCAACUUUUGAGUCUUUGUUAUAAGGAAGUGGCAGAGAUCUCCUUGAGAUCAAAUUCGAGAAAGAGGAAUCAACCAUAGGAAGAGUGGAAAGAAUAGAUGGGGCAAUCUUAAGAAAAGUGUCCAGUUGUUUGAAGAUACACUAAACAAAUCUAGCCAUAUGUUUUUUGGCACACAUCCAUUGACCCAGUGGUCAAACCAAAAGAGAGUAGAUUCCUCAUCUCUAAUGACAGGAGAAACGCAUGAUUUGAAGGCAAGGAGAUGGCUGAGAAUUCCAUUCCAGAAGAAAGACAUUCUAGAAGGAUAACGAUAAUGUAAAUUCCAGGUCUGUUUGUAUUAGAAGUAGUUAAAUUGGAUGACUUUAAUCAACACCAGCUCAAAUUUGAUGUAAUUUUCCACCACUAGUAUCCAAGGGAGCCAUUGUUGAAGUCAACAAAAUUUAAAAUUCCCCAGCCUCUUUGCUCACGGAAUUUACAAAGCCAAUUCCGUUUAAUAAGUUGCCAUCCAGAUUGUCAAUAUUUGAUCCUCUAAAGUCCCUUCUGAUUCAGAUGAUAAAUUUUAGUACCCCACCUAGGCAGUUUGAGGAUGGACAUUUAGUACAUUGGAAUGAAGGUGAGAUCCGAAUUUACUUGGGUGAGGUGCCCUCUAAGAGAAGGGAGUUUGGAUUUCCAAGUGUAAAGUCUAGACAACUCAUUUUCUCAACUUUGGUGAGGAUUUUUACAUUACAAGGUGCAGUAGAUGCCUUUAUAUUUUUACAUGAUAUUUUUACCUGCACAACUUGUCAACAUAUUAAGUUUUGUGGCACUCAAACAGUUAAAAUUUAUGAACAUCCGGAAUAGUUGGAAAAAAAAACUCUAGAUAAAAAGGAAAUAUAUAGACUUAAAGAAGAUUGUCCAAAUAUUUUUUUGCAAAAAAUAUAGAAUUCAUGUGAAAAACCCCUUGCCAGUGAAAAAUCAACCACUGCAACUAACUAUUGUCAUAAAACAAAGUCUUGACCCUCAAUAAGCUUUCUAGAUCAGAUUGCAAUAGUUGCCUACGGUCAUAUGUGUUUUUAUUUUGUCACACAGCCUAGGAAUUUUUUGCCUUUUGCCUCACGAAUGUGGCUUGUUGAGCCAAAUGUAUGUGGAACCAUUUCUAUCACAUAUUCAAUCUCCCCAACCUCCCAGCUCUCAAUGUGGAGUGUGGUUUUCCUGUAGGAAAAAUCUGGUGUCACAACAUAAUCCAAUACCCGUACUAAAACCCUCAUACUAACAAAUGCUUUGAAAGGAUACGGUUCAAAUCUAAGGUAUACAAUAUAUAUUUAGAUGAAGUAUAUAAAUAAAUCAUGGAUGGGCGUUGUGUGAUGUCAUUUAUCAUUUAUUUGCAGUUCUUUGACACAUAGUAUGUCAAUAUCUAGUCCCACAAAACUCACAUAAGCAAGAAACGAAGAAAAGAAGCAUGAGAUACGGGCAUGCAAACCCAAGUAUACAACCAACCUGUUUGUAUUGUGCGGCAAAAAAGAUCCUUAAUAUCACACAACUACACCGCAUAAGUUAUACAAAUGAGACAGAAGAGAGAAGCACCAUGGUCAUCUAACAAAUGUUCACCAUGGACAUUGAAGAGAUAGGAACUGAGAACAGAACCUCUUCACAUCUCCCUUCAGUUCCUUCCAUCUCUCAUCAAAGUUUUACCACUAAUAAUAUUAAUAGUGAUGGUGAUAAUGAUGGAGAGAUGAGAAGGACAUCAGAAAUGUUUGAUCAGGGAGAGAUUAAUGAAGUUGAUCAUGAUGUCACCACCAAACUUGGAACUGCAGAGGAGAAGAGACUCUUCAUUGACAGUCUCAUCCAACACAUUGAGAAUGAUAAUUGUAGGCUGUUGCAAAGACAGAAACAGAGACUAGAUAGGCAUAAAACUUCAUUUCUUUUUAUUAUAUAUAUAAUUUAGCAUUGUUUAGAGUUUCUUUAUCUCGAUAUAUACUUGUGUUAUUUUGUCUGCAGCGUGGAUGUGAAGCUCCCAAGCAUUGAGGUAAGGUACAGUAAGUUAAGUGUGGAAGCUGAGUGCCAAGUAGUUGAAGGAAAACCUAUGCCAACACUCUGGAAUGCGGCCAAAGGGGCUUUCUCUGGGUUUCUAAGGUUAACAGGUUUAAACCAUGAAAAUGCAAAGAUUGGCAUCAUCAAAGAUUUGAGUGGUAUUAUCAAGCCUUCCAGAUUAACUCUGUUAGUUGGACCCCCAGGAUGCGGAAAAACCACUUUUCUCCAGGCACUUGCUGGGAAAUUAGAUAAUUCUCUGAAGGUCACAGGGGAAGUUCUAUACAAUGGCUACAAACUGGAGGAAUUUAUUCCUGGGAAAACAUCUUCUUAUGUUAGUCAGCAUGAUCUGCACAUUCCUGAGAUGACAGUGAGAGAGACACUUGAUUUCUCAGCACGGUUUCAAGGUGUUGGAAGCAGGGAAGAAAUCUUGAAUGAGGUUAUUAGAAAAGAGAACCAGGCAGGAAUUGUCCCUGAACCAGAGAUUGACAUAUAUAUGAAGGCAAUAUCAGUCAAAGGACUGAAAACAAGUAUUCAGACUGAUUAUGUGAUGAAGAUCAUGGGAAUGGAUAUAUGUGCGGAUAUAAUGGUUGGGGAUGCCAUGAGAAGAGGCAUCUCUGGUGGUCAGAAGAAAAGACUGACCACAGCAGAGGUGAUUGUUGGACCAACAAAGGCUCUCUUCAUGGAUGAAAUCUCAACUGGAUUAGAUAGCUCCACCACAUUCCAGAUUGUCACCUGCCUCCAACAAAUGGCUCACAUUAUGGAAGCUACUAUUGUUGUUUCACUUCUGCAGCCUGCUCCUGAAACAUAUGAUCUCUUUGACGACAUUGUUUUGAUGGCAGAGGGUAAGAUUGUUUACCAGGGCCCUCGCAAUCAAAUUCUUGCUUUCUUUGAAAGAUGUGGUUUCAGAUGUCCAGAAAGAAAAGCAGAAGCUGACUUUCUUCAAGAGGUUCUGUCUAGAAAGGAUCAACAACAUUACUGGUGUCGUCCGCGAGAAAUCUAUACUUUUGUUUCUGUUGAUGAAUUCUGCAUGCAAUUUAAAUCAUUUCACGUGGGAACGAAGUUGGAGGAUGAGUUAUCAAGACCAUAUGAUAAGUCACAGUGCCAUAAAAAUGCCCUGGCAUUCAACACAUAUUCUCUGCCUAAAUGGGAACUGUUUAAAGCUUGCAUGGCCAAAGAGUUACUUCUCAUGAGGAGGAAUUCAUUUACUUACAUUCUCAAAACUUCUCAGCUUGCAAUUGCAGCUUUCAUCUGUAUGUCUAUAUCUGUCUUUCCACGCCCAGGACUUGAUGUUGUGCAUGCUAAUUACCAUAUGGGUUCCUUGUUUUACACACUUCUUAUACUAGUAGUCCAAGGGACGCCUGAGAUAUCCAUGACAAUCUCCAGGCUUCCAAGUUUCUACAAACAAAGAGAUUUCCAUUUCUAUCCUGGAUGGGCAUAUGCCAUCCCAGCUACCAUUUCUAAGGUUCCAAUGUCUCUGAUACAAUCUUUGAUUUGGACAUCAGUGACUUACUAUGGUACUGGUUACAGCCCUGAGCCAUCAAGGUUCUUUCGCCAAGUCCUCCUCCUCUCUGUUCUUCAUCAAAUGGCUUUAUCACUGUUUCGUUUUUAUGCUUCCUGUUACCAGACUAUAGAAACUGCCACUGUGAUAAGUAAUCUUAUUUACGUACCAAUGUUAACAUGCGGUGGUUUUAUUCUCCCUAGACCUUCCAUACCGGGUUGGUUGAAAUGGGGAUUUUGGGUUUCUCCAUUAACAUAUGCAGAGAUAGGACUGACGAUUAAUGAAUUCCUUGCACCGCAAUGGCAAAAGAUUUCAGCCUUGAACACAACAAUUGGAAACAUUGUUUUGGAAAGUCAUGGAUUGAACUUUAAGAGCUACUUUUAUUGGGUAUCAGUGGUGGCAUUGCUUGGAUUUACUUUGCUUUUUAAUGUUGGGUUCAUUUUGGCUUUAACUUUCAGAAAACCUGUCAGGAAAUCCCUUGCAAUUAUCUCUCAUGAGAAGCUUGCUCACAUAAAUGGUGAAAAUGAUCUUCACAGUGAUAUCCACCCAAAGAACAAUGCAACAACCACAUCUCCUGCUAGAUCAAAAGAGACCAAAGAUAAGAGAAGGAUGAUGCUCUUGCCGUUCCAACCCCUGUCAAUGACAUUUCAGGAUAUCUGUUAUUAUGUUGAUACACCUCCGCAAAUGAAAGAACGUGGAUUUACAGGGAAUAAGUUCCAGCUGUUACGCAAUAUCACCGGAGCUAUCAGACCUGGAAUUCUUUCAGUUUUGAUGGGUGUCAGUGGAGCAGGGAAAACCACACUCUUGGAUGUCCUUUCUGGGAGAAAAACAGGUGGUUUCAUUGGAGGAGAUAUCAGGAUUGGAGGAUAUCAUAAAACACCGGAAACAUUUGCCAGGAUUUCGGGCUACUGUGAACAAACUGACAUACAUUCCCCUCACAUCACUGUAGAAGAGUCGGUGAUCUUUUCAGCUUGGCUUCGUCUACCAAAUGAAAUUGACUCAAAGACAAGAUCUGAAUUUGUUAAUGAGGUUCUUGAAACAAUUGAGCUUGAUGGUAUCAAAGAUGCAUUGGUAGGUAGACAAGGGAUAGACGGGAUCUCUACAGAGCAAAGGAAAAGGCUAACAAUUGCUGUGGAGCUUGUAGCAAAUCCUUCCAUUUUAUUUAUGGAUGAACCGACAUCAGGACUUGAUGCAAGAGCAGCUGCAAUUGUGAUGCGUGCAGUGAAAUAUGUUGCUGAAACUGGGAGGACUGUUGUCUGCACCAUCCACCAACCCAGCAUUGAUAUAUUUGAGGCAUUUGAUGAGCUCAUUUUAAUGAAAAGGGGAGGAGAAUUAAUCUACUGGGGACCAUUGGGUCAGCAUUCAAGUAAAGUUAUCGAAUAUUUUGAGAGCAUCCCUGGAGUUCCAAAAAUCAAAGAUAACUACAAUCCAGCGGCAUGGAUGUUGGAAGUUACAUCUACAUCCGCCGAGUCACAACUUGGAGUGAAUUUUGCACAAAUAUAUAAGGAGUCAUCGCUUUACAAUGACAACAAAGAGCUAGUUAAUCAGCUAAAGAUACCGGCACCAAAUUCAAGAGAUUUGCAUUUUCCUACUCGUUUUCCACAAAAUGGAUGGGGGCAGUUCAAAGCUUGUUUGUGGAAGCAAUAUCUGUCCUAUUGGAGAAGUCCUUCAUAUAACUUGGUUCGCAUGAUAUUUAUCUUUAUCUCAUCUGUGAUGUUGGCAGCAUUGUUUUGGAAACAUGGAAAGACACUAGACAAUCAACAAAACUUGUUCAACAUUCUCGGCUCAAUGUAUCUGUCAGUGAUCCUCAAUGUCAUAAACAACACGUCAUUAGUUAUGCCUUUUGUGGCAACUGAGCGGGCUGUUCUUUACCGUGAAAAAUUUGCAGGAAUGUAUUCUCUUUGGGCAUACUCACUUGCACAGGUGGUCAUAGAGAUCCCUUAUGUAUUCAUCCAAGUAGUCCUUUUUACGAUCACCGUAUACCCAACUAUCGGCUACUACUGGUCAGCUUACAAAGUUUUAUGGUUUUUCUACACCAUGUUUUGCACGUUACUCAGCUCUGUUUAUCUUGGAAUGCUUCUUAUUUCCUUGACUCCAAAUGUUCAAGUGGCCUUCAUACUAUCAUCAUUUUUCAAUCAAAACUCCAAUAUCUUCUCUGGCUUCAUGAUACCAGCCUCUCAUAUCCCAAAGUGGUGGAUUUGGCUUUAUUAUAUCAUGCCUAUUUCUUGGGCAUUGAAUGGCUUCUUCACCUCACAAUAUGGAGAUAUUCACACAGAGAUAAUAGUGUUCGGAGAGACCAAAUCAGUGCCCAUUUUUCUCAAGGAGUACUUUGGAUUUCACCAUGAUCGCCUUGGGGUGGUUGCCAUUGUUCUUCUUGCUUUCCCUCUUUUAUUUUCUUCUCUUUUCGCUUAUUGCAUCACAAAAUUGAACUUCCAGAGGAGGUGAACGCCCAGCUUCCAUGCGCUUGAUUCAACAGUGAUACUAAAGAACAAAUAUAAAUAAAUUAAAUUGGUAAGAAUAAAAAAAACGUAGUAUAUCAUGACAGGAUUUUUGGUGUGGUGGUAUUGACUCUAUUGUUUGAAAGAUGUCUUACGGGGAUCUUUAUUAUUAAACAUUUGAAACUGUCAGAUGUUAGAAUGCUAAAGAAAUAAAAACCAACUGUGAA